ACCCCUUCUCCCCCUCCUCGUCUUUGAUUAUCGUUAUUACUAUUAUUUAUUAUCGCUGCUUCCCAGCUCCCUGCCCAACCUCCGGGCGCCCCGUCCCUCCGCCCCCGCCCCUCCCUCCGCAGCCACCACCCCGCAGCCCCGCCGCUCCCCCUCCAGCAGCGGCGCGGCGAGCGGCACCGCGGAGCGGAGCGGAGCGCCGAGUCCCAGCGGCGGCCGCAGCCCCUCCGGCACGGCCCCGGGGCCCAUCCCGGGAGCCGCCGCUAGGUGGGGGGGGGAGCCCGGCCCCGCGGCCGCCCAACAAUGACUUUGGGCAGCAGCGGCGGCGGCUGCGGGAUCAUGUCCGAGCGCUCCCCGGAGGAAGAGCCGCUCUCCGAGGUGGAGGACGCGGAUAUCGACGUGGUGGGACCGCCCCAGGAUGGGGGCAAGUACAGCGAGGACGAGGAGGAGGAGGAAGACGACGACGAGGAGGACGAGGAGGACGGCGGCGACCCGCUGGGGCUCGCCCUGUCGCGGAGCGGGGCCGCCCCGGCGCGCAUGGGGGGCUCCCCGGAGCGGCUCUCGCCCGCCGGCGGCCCCGAGCCCCGCGGCGCCGCGCCCGGAGAGAAGGCGGCGGCGGGCGGCGGCGGGGGCGGCGCGGGGGGAAAGAACCCGCUGGUGAAGCCGCCCUACUCCUACAUCGCCCUCAUCACCAUGGCCAUCCUGCAGAGCCCCAAGAAGCGGCUGACGCUGAGCGAGAUCUGCGAGUUCAUCAGCGGGCGCUUCCCUUACUACCGGGAGAAGUUCCCCGCCUGGCAGAACAGCAUCCGCCACAACCUCUCCCUCAACGACUGCUUCGUCAAGAUCCCCCGGGAGCCCGGCAACCCCGGCAAGGGCAACUACUGGACGCUGGAUCCCGAGUCCGCCGACAUGUUCGACAACGGGAGCUUCCUGCGCCGGAGGAAGCGCUUCAAGCGGCAGCAGCAGCUGCACCCGCCGCACCCCGAGCUGCUGCUGCGGGCCGGGGCCGCCGACCCCGCGGCCUUCCUGCCCGGCUUCGCCUACGGACCCUACGGCUACAACUACGGGCUGCAGCUCCAGGUACCCCCACCACCACCCCCAUCACCCCGGCGGCGGCGGCGGCGGCGGCGCGGCGCCUUCCCCUUCCCGGCGCCGCACUGCCCGUUACCGGCUCCGCCGCCUCCCGCCGCCGCCUCCGUCUUCUCCGCCGCCUCGGGGCUGCCCUCCUUCCUGGGCGGCGAGCUGAACUGCAGGAAGUCCUUCUACCACCCCCAGCUCAGCCCCACCGCCCUGCCCGCCGCCCUCCUCCAGACCCUGAAGCCGGACCCCACGCCCGCCGGCGGCGGCACCACCAACCACCCUUCCCGUCCUUCUUUUUCCAUAGACAACAUCAUCGGGGGGGCCGUGCCCCCGCCUCCCAGCACCAACCCCAGCGCCGCGCCCGCCGCUCCCUACCCCGCCGGCCAGGCGGCCCCCCCGGCGCAGGUCCUGGCCGUGCUCAGCCCCGCCUUGGCCCCGGCGCAGCCACAGGUCAGCCUGGCUCACGAGCCGCUCCUGCAGCCGCCACAGAACUUUUCCAGUAAAAUCACAACCCUGAGCAGCUGUCAUUUUUAAAGCGUGCUGGGGAAAGGGGAGGGGGGGGGGAGAGUCGCGAAGCAAACGGCCCCUUCCCAGCUCUCCCCCCUCCUCCCAAACUGCUCCCUUUCCCUCUCCCCAUCCAUCCCCCCCCAUCUCCUCCCGUUGUGUUUUAAGGUAGGAAAUAUUUUU